AUGGGGAUUUGGACACUUGUAAAGUCUUUGACAUGUGUACAUUAUAGAGCAAGGCAGAAAUUUGGGUCCGGUUCAAGUGAACCAGACAGUCCAAUACAAUGCCGUUCCUUCGAUACUUUACUUGCAUGCAUCCAUCUGUCUCUCUCUCUUCCUCCUAUCGCAAGAACUCCUGGGCUUUCAAACAAAUCCAAGAGUUUUCAUGCGGAAAAAUUUAGGUGGAUUUUGGAGGCUAAAAAGCUUUUGUUAUACACUUAUACCGUCUCAACUGUAUGUAUACAUAUUGCCCAAACUCAGUCCCUCAAACUCACAAGGCUUCACCGGUCGAUGGAAGGGAAAACCCCAAGUCCAGUGCCACCAAUGAUGAUGAUGGCGGUAUUGUUGUAUAUGAUCUUUCAAAGCUAUUUCUCAAAAGCCUUGGGUGCUUUCUCCUUUGUUUUUCCUGUACACCAGAAUGUUCAUACUGGAAGGGCCUACUUCACGAACAUUGAUAUAGGCAGCCCACACAAGUCUUUCGAGCUUCACAUUGAUAGUGGUAAUGACCUUACUUGGGUCCAAUGUGAUGUAUCUUGCAGGGAUUGCAACCUGCGUCAAGGACUUUACAAGCCAGCACAAAGUAGCUUUGUGAAAUGUGAGGAUCCCUUAUGCACUGCUAUCCAUGGAGAUGACCACAAUUGUCCAGAUCCAAAUGCUCGGUGUCGAUAUCUACUUGAUGAUUAUGCUGAUUUAAAAUCAACAGAAGGUUACCUGGUCAAAGAUGUUUUUUCUCUACAACUUAGAGAUGGAUCUGUUAUUCAGUAUCCUUUGGUAUUUGGGUGUGGAUACAAGCAAAUUGGAGAUUUUAAAGGCAAUGGAGUACUUGGUCUUAGUAGGGGUCAAGUUAGUUUAUUGUCUCAAAUGGAUUCAGAGGAUCUAAUACAUAAAGAGACUGGCCAUUGUUUAAGUAGUGAAGGAGGUGGGUAUUUAUUCUUAGGAAGUGAUCUUAUACCUUCAGGAGUCUCGUGGACACCAAUCAUUGAUAGUUAUAAAGAGAAUUACCUAUCAGGACCAGUAGAUCUCUUAUUUGAUGGAACAGAGACUCAAGUAAAGCAACUUGAAUUUGAUUUCGAUAGUGGAUUUUCUUUGUCCUAUUUAGAUAAGCCAUCCUAUGAACACACUCUUAAUCUGAUUAACCAAGUUCUGAAAGGAACACCAUUGACAUCUGCAGACCCAGUGGACGACUCUUCAAUAUGUUGGACACACAACCAACAACCUAUUAGAUCCCUUAACGAUAUUACACACUUUUUCCCGAAGUUGACCUUGAAGUUCACAAAUGGACAAGACAUUAAUAUGCUGGAAUUACCAGCCAAGAAUUAUAUCAUACUUGUGGGAGAAAAAGUGUGCUUAGGGAUUUCGGAGAGUGAGGAAUCAGUCAUGGAAAAUCCGAAUGUAAUUGGAGUCAAUUUCAUGCAGGAUAAGAUGGUGAUAUAUAGUAGUGUCCAUUCUCGCAUUGGAUGGACUCCCAGAAGUAGCUGCGACAUCCCUUAG